AAUCGAAAGUGUUGUUUCGACAAUCGAGUGUACCUACACUUUAAUUCAAUAAUCUCUAUAUUUUGAAAAUUGUAUUAUAAUUAACUUAGAAUCUAUUUUCAAUCCCGCCCCUUCUAAGUUUAAACAAAACUACAAAAUAUUUUUGCGUAAACCAUAUGAUUGCAAAUUUUGUUAUUGUAUUGCCCAUACAAAAUGGCAGUAGGAAGGAAAGACCUGCUUUUGGACAUAAGCUGAUGUAAAAUAUGAAUAAAAUUGUACUUUGGACUGUUUUGUGUGAGUGGACAGUGAAUUAAAAGUAAAUAUGUGGUUAUAGCGUGUAAGAUGGGUUCACAGACGUUAGAGAUAUUACGCCAAGGUAUUUGGGCAUCUUUGACUGGCGGCUGGUUUUACGACCCACAUCAGAAUUUGUUUUGUAAUACGGUGCAUCUCUACAUUUGGCUGUUUCUACUCUGCCUACCGUUCUCUGUGUACUUAUACUUCCCACCAGCAAGCGUUGGUUGGCUAGUAUACUGUGCCCUGGUGGCCGUGCUGUUCACCAUUCUCAAGUUGAUCAACCAUGGUCUGCAUCACAUGUAUGAUACAAACGAACUUAUAGUUGUUCCAUCAACGGAUGAGGCUGGGAACCCCACUGAGAAUGCUGUGGCUGAUGAGGGAGUCGAAAUGCAGACUCUGAACGCAGCGGCGAUCGCACCAAGCGAUAAUGACUCUGUCACGUCUUUAGAGUACCACAAACCUAAUAAUAGUACUAUAGAUUUAAAAGUGGAUGUCCACCGAAAGAACAGCUCGGAAUCGAGCAUGGAAGACAGUGCCAUGUCAGCCAAGCAAACGGAACCAGUUGCCAUGACCAAGUCAGACUUGUGUGUGGCGCAGUCUGCAGAAACCGCGGGGCCUUCUAAAUCCCGUCCAACCAGAAACCGAUCGAAGUCCGGUCACAGAAGAGAACAGAGAACGAAGAAUCGUCGAGGCCACGGCCGUAUUGACGAACUUAUUAUUGAAGAAUCACGAAAUUCAAGAACAGAAAACAAUCUACCAGUGCACAUGCUGACUGAUGAUGGACCGUUCGCGAAAGUUAGCCGACGAUACCAUGAAUGUCCGCAUCGACGAGGAUCUAGCAAUCGGGACUUUUUCAAGGAAUGGUUGUACUUAGAUGGCAAUGAAGCUGCGGGCGAACCAUAUCAAUCAAAGUUUGCGAGACAACUUAGUUUCGAUUCAAGAGACAAUUCAGAGCCGAGCGUCGGACCGCCUUCUCCAAAGAAAAGGUUGGCCCAGCGACGACGAUACACAAAUUAUCCCGAUGAAAGUUGCACCAAGUCUGCUAUGGCGCUUGCGACUGCACAAUCAUCUAAUAUGAGAAGAUAUUCGAACUCAACUAUGUCUACAAUACAGUUACCACUGUUAAAUUCCACAGCACAACUAGUAUCGCAUAUGAGACGUCAUUCUAACAAUGCAGAUACACAGUUUUUCGCAAGUGUAGAAUUAGGUGAAUACAUGAUGGUAAAAGCGGAAGCUCCAGCAGGUGAGGCUGAUAAAAAUAAAGGCAAAAGCCCAGGUGUACGCAGGAUCAAAAGUGCCGCGUUGGAAAUCGGUUGUCCGCCUCCAAGUGUUUCGAACUUAUCACCCCAUCCCAACAGUGCAGAAACUAUUGGUGGUCAAAUGCUCAAAAAUCCUAAAAGUGCUGUCAUUCCACCCCCUAGUAAAUGUUUAACUCGAGGUCCUCACCUUAAUUUGUACCCAAAAAAUGAAAACGGUGAAGGUCCCAGUUACCCAUAUUUGACGUAUGGAUCAGAAAUCGUUUAUCCUAUCGCGGAAAUAUCCGAUGAAAUGCAAACUUCCCAAAAGGAAACUGAUUUAGAUUCAAGUGGAGAAAGUUACAGUGAUUAUGAAGAUGAAAAACAGUUUCGUGGGUUCGAUUGGGAUGCCGAACAAUCAUCAGCGGUGCGCUCCAGCGAUUCUGACUACGAAAAUAAUGGUUCACGAUCACCGUUACUCGAUAGACCCAAUGAUGUGCGCGUCGUACGUGCAAAAAAUCAUCAUGAUUGCAAGAAACAUUGUUGUGAAAGGAUACAAGUACCUAAACACAAUCCUGGAUGUCCAAAUGAUAAGAAACCUAUAAGACUGAAAAAAUGCGCCAAAGUCGAGUCACGACAAGAUCGUCAAGGUAACUUAUGUGAAUGUAAAUAUAAUCCGAAUGGUGACUACUUCGAUAAAGCUAGUGCUAGCUCGAAAGAUUUGCUUAUAGAGAAGUCCAGCUUAGAAUCAAACGAUACCGGCGAUCAAUCGGAAAAAAAGACGGAGGAUAAGAAACCAAUAGAAAAGAAAGUUUGGGACCAUGAUAUAUCUAACUCUAGUAGUAGCAGUGAAGAAAGGCCAGAUAUUAAUUUUGAUAAAAAUAACCCACCGGAAACAGAAGAAUCACAAUUAACCUGUGAUAGUAAGAGUGCAGACGAAAGGAGUGUAUACAGCUUAGAUUGGCUCUUUGAAGAAGGAGAAGACAAACAGAUCUGUAGUGCAGAAGGUCCUGACCCUGAAGAAAUAAUGUGUCAGAAACUUGCUUUAGUUGAAUCAUCAUCCAAUGUGUCAAAAAACUUGGGCGCUAUACCAAAGCAGAUAAAAAACUUAGCGCGUUCACGGGCUUCCUCACAGAAGGAGAACAAGAAGAAAGAUUCUAGGAAAGAGAAAGAUGAGAAUCAAAACGAGGAAAGAAUACUCAUGGAUGCUGUAGAAGCCCAGGCUGCUUUGGUACAAGGAUUGGAAUGUUUAUUCGCUGCCACGAACGCCAACACGGUUGUAAUGCCGCCUCCAAAUAGAGACGAGAGAUCACGUAGUCAUCGGCAAAGUAUAAGAGGUGAAAGGGAAGGUUCCCAUAAAACUAGAAAAAGGUCUAUAGAGGAAGUUGCACAAACAUCAACAAAUACCUUACUACCUACUUCCAUGCCAUUAUUAGCCGCCUUUCUCAAUUCUAGAGUAGAUUUUAUGCCUUGUUGUGUACCUGACAACAACCCUCCUCAAACGGAGGCACAACCUGUCGAAGAAGGACCUAGACUUAGGCCGUUAAUGGAUAGAAACCAUAGAAAUAGAGUUAGAAAAAUUAAACGUUCCACUCGUCAGCGAAAUAAUCCAUCGUCACAAUCUGCGGAUAAGAAAGAUAAAACAGCGAAUGUGGAAAAUCCAAAUUCAGGCAAUGUUCAUUUUGCCACUUCGUUUGACGACACAACUGAUGGUGCUAUCCAUUGCUUUAUGGAUGAAUAUGGCAACUGGAUGUCUUACACAUUCGAUAAAAAUGGAUCCGGUCGUACUCAAGCGUUACCUAUACCACUGCCGGAAAAGGAAGAUUGUCGAACAUUUACAGUUAAACCUGUGGACGAGAAUUCACUAGAAACUACUGGUGAAGGAAGCUGUGGGUCUUUGGAAUCGGAAGCGGGAACCAGUGAAAUUACGAAACCAAAACGAGGAGACAGCGUGGAUCACAGUUCUUCAAAUCAAGGGAGCAAGAAUCCACUUCUCUCUAGUAAUAACAACGUGUCAACGAUCGUCCCGAUUAAUACGAAUAACACAAAUAAAAGAUUCUACGUUUUCGAUGGAGGGACUGGGUCGCAUCCGGACCAAGCGCGAUCACCUGUUGCUUAUGUGACUGAUAGUUUAUUAGAACAAAUCGAAGCUGAGAGACAAUCGCGUAUGGGAUUGCCCAGUAUGCAUAUCAACUACCUAAUGAGCCAACAACGGGCCCAGCAACAAGCGCAACAACAAGCAGAAACAACGCAAUCGACGCAUAUACCUAGUCUAGUUCAAUCUAUAGCUGACGACAGCUUAGAGAUCAACAUGAGGAGUAAAUUAUGCAAACUAAUAGAUGAAUUGGAGAAGAACAACAAACCGAAAACGAAAAGUUAUUACAAGUUCAAACUAGCCAAAUAUUUAGAGAUAAAAGUAACGAUGGAUCGCCUGAAAUUGAUGGCACUUUUUGAUAGAAACUUGACGUUUAGGGAAACAUUUGUAUCGAUAAUGCUUGCGAUCGCGGUGGCCGUUUUGGGCUCGAUGGUAUUGAACCUCGGAUUUUACAGGGAUAUCUACGCUUUUUGGUUCUGUUUUAUCAUGGCUGGCAGCCAGUAUUCAUUAUUAAAAAGCGUACAACCCGACUCUGCAUCGCCGGUUCACGGAUUUAAUAAAAUGGUUGUAUUUUCGCGGCCGGUGUAUUUUUGUUUGUGUACUGCGAUACUGGUUGCAGUGAGCAGUCAUCUACAGCAGUUACCCGACGCCGACAACGCACACACGCGAAGUAAACGCAGUAUAGACGAAACAAAACCGUUGAAUAUAUACGGUAUAGACAUAAACGAGAGAGACUGCCUGUAUAUAAUUCAAGAAAUCCUAUCAAAGUUCCUAUUAUUUUUUCCUCUAGCUUUUAGUUUGGGUUUGUUUCCCCAAGUGAAUACUUUUCUUAUGUACUUAUUAGAACAAAUCGAUAUGCAUAUAUUCGGUGGGAACGCGACGAGCAGUUUGAGCGCUGCAGUGUAUUGCGUUGUCAGAUCUUUAGCUGCUAUAGGAACGUUAUACGGUUUCGCAUACAGCGGAUUGAUUGAGGGAAAGAAAUCGCAGCACCAAAAACAUAAUAUACUUAUUUCCAUAUUCUGCGGCCUACUUGUACCCAUAGCAUAUCAUUUGAGUCGAAGCGCAAGCGACUACACUUUAAUAUGGAAUCUAAUUAAAAAGCAUUUAUUGCCACCGGAAUUAUAUAUCGUGCAUAACCCUGAAUGCUCGCCAGAUAUAGAGAAAACGGAGCCCAAUACGCUAUCGGAGAAUAAAAACAAUAAUUCCGAAAGCAAUAUUUCUAAACAGAACUCCAUUGGCAGUUCGGCGUCUAAAAUUAAUUUUAGUUCAGAAACAAAUAUAUCUAAAACGCAGAAACGAUCUCAGGCAUCGAGUGUUAGCUCUCUGAAAAUGGAUCCAAAAGGAGACACGACGAAUUCUACGACUUCUCUCAAAGUGGAUCCGCCUACUGAAAAUGAUGACAAGACUCGUGAUACAAAUACGUUGAAUUCAAAUAUAAAUAAGACUGAAGGUGAUAAAACUGAGGAAGAUAUGGAGGAUCCUUUGCCGAAGAAAUUGCAAGAGACGGUAAACGCCAGGUUGAAGAAUGACGUCAUAGUUUGCACGUUUCUGGCACUCUUGGUCUUUGGUCUGCACUGCACAACGGUCUUCACUACACUGAAGCCACAGCUGAACACAGCACUCUGGAUAAUAGCAGGCAUCCUAGGUUGGAUCCUGCACUACCUAAUACCACAACUGCGCAAACAACAACCGUGGCUAUGUCUUGCUGCGCCAGUGUUGAAACAACAUGAGCACGCGCAGUUUGAAGUUACAGAACCGGCGAGGCUUAUGAUCUUUGAAAAGAUAUAUGUAUACCUAUGUUUCCUGGAGCGCAACGUGCUGUUCCCGGCGGUGGUGAUAGCGGCCAUAACGCAGGACGCGCCCGCAAUCGCGGACAAGUAUGGCGACACGUUUGGUGCGUUUAUUAUUUGCGUGUGCGCGCUUAAAUGUCUCAGAAAUGCAUACUCCGAUCCAGACAGUCAAUACCUAAUCAUAGUAUUUGCUGUGCUUUUGUUCCAACGGGAUUUGAGCAGUCGCAAAAUAUCUGAGACGUUCCUAGUUGAUUACUUCAUCAUGGCGAUCAUAUUUAACAAAGUCUACGAGUUCUUGUUGAAGGUCCAAUUCGUGGUAACAUACAUAGCCCCAUGGCAGAUCACGUGGGGUAGCGCUUUCCAUGCGUUCGCGCAACCGUUCAGCGUGCCGCAUAGUGCUAUGUUGUUCUUGCAAGCUGCGCUGUCUGCUAUGUUGUCUUCCCCCCUUACACCAGCGUUAGGUAGCGCAAUAUUCAUGACGUCAUACGUGAGGCCGGUUAAGUUUUGGGAGAGAGAUUACAACACAAAGAGGGUGGACCAGAGUAACACCAGACUAUCUUCGCAAUUGGAGAGAAAUCUGGGAGCCGAUGACAACAACUUGAAUUCCAUAUUCUACGAGCAUCUAACUCGCUCGUUGCAACAUUACCUGUGCGGGGAUCUGAUGCUCGGCCGAUGGGGGAUUGUGCAGCAGGGGGACUGUUUUGUGCUCGCGUCAGACUACCUGAACUGUCUGGUGCACAUAGUGGAGAUGGGCAACGGUCUGGUGUCGUUCCAACUGCGCGGUCUGGAGUUCCGCGGCACGUACUGUCAGCAACGGGAAGUGGAGGCGAUCUCUGAAGGACCCGAGGAGAAUAGCGAAGGCACCUGCGGCGCGUGGUCGCUGGGGGGCAGAGUCCUAGCGCCGGGCGCGUGGUGGGCGCUCCGCUGGCUCGCGUGGCAGCUCGCCACCGCGCGCUACGUGCUCGAGGGGUACUCCGUCAGCGACAACAGUGCCGUCUCCAUGCUGCAGGUGUUCGACUUUAGGAAGGUGCUGCUGACGUAUUAUGUUAAGAGCAUUAUAUACUACACGAUACAGUCAAGCAAACUAGAGGAAUGGUUGUCAUCGCCAGAAUUAAUGGAAGCUCUAAAGCCUAUGAAUGAAAGAUCGUUUGUUGACUUGGAUCCUAUAUUCAACGUCAAUCUGGAUGAGGAUUAUGACUUUCGAGCGUCUGGUAUUACUAGGAGUAGAUUCUGCGCGGUAUACCAAGAGUGGAUAGCGCACUGCCGCGCCCGGCGGGGGGGGGGCUGGAGGAGGGACCCCCCCCUACUCACGCUGUGCUUCGCGCUCAGCUUGUUGGGGAGGAGGGCCCUAGCAGCUGCACAACAUCUGUCCGCUUCUAGCGUGGAAUUCUUCCUGUACGGCCUGCACUCGUUGUUUAAAGGUGAUUUCCGUAUAACCUGCGCACGAGACGAAUGGGUGUUUUCUGAUGUGUCGCUGUUACACUCUGUGCUAGCGCCCGCUAUACGGAUGGCGCUUAAGUUGCAUCAGGACCACUUCAUGUUCCCGGAGGAGUACUGCAGCAGCGCGGCGCUGUACGCGGCCAUCGCGUCGCACUCGCAGCGCCUCGUCAUCUGCCACGAGGCGGCGCCCGCCUGGCGACACAACGUGCUGCGGGGGGCCCCGCACCUGCUGGCGCUGAGGCACGUGAUGGACGAAGGCAACGACGACUACAAGAUAAUAAUGCUGAACAAGCGGCACCUGGGGUUCCGCGUGAUCAAGCUGAACCGCGAGUGCGUGCGCGGGCUGUGGGCCGGCCAGCAGCAGGAGCUCGUGUACCUGAGGAACCGGAACCCCGAGCGGGGCUCCAUACAGAACGCCAAACAGGCACUCCGCAACAUAAUAAACUCCUCCUGCGACCAGCCAAUCGGCUACCCAAUCUACGUGUCCCCGCUGACAACGUCGUACGCUGACACGUCAGCGCAGCUGUGCGAGCUGGUCGGCGGGCCGCUGACUGUCAGCGCGAUACGCGACCGCCUGGCGGGCUUGUGGCGACGUAUCCGGCGUCGUUGCGGCGAGGGGUGCUCCAGCGGGGCCGCGUGCGAAGCCCCAAACGCAGCGGAGCGGGGCGAAGCCCGAGUGCAGCACCCCGCACCUACACAACCUUCGAGGCCUACGAUAGCCGGUACUAGAGGCAGUUUAUCAAGCGCUGGAAAACAGACUUCAUCCACACUAGCCUCGCUCGCGGGUUUGCUUCGAGAACAUUCGCACGAACGGACACAAGAAGAACCAGUGUACGCAAAUCAAAGUCAAGAGAAUGAAACGCGACGACGCAGUGAGGAAAGAACUGCGCGUCGGGAACGACACAUGCGUGCGCGGACUCAGCCGGGGAACAGAACCCGUCCCCGUCGCGAUCGAGGCCUGCCGGCUUCUUUCCGCCUAUUAGCAGCUUCAGAUAGUGCAAGGCUCGCGUUACAACACGACGAACAUGCAGACGAACGGGGCUCCACUGGCUGGGAGUACGGCUGGUGUGAACAGCCUCGAAGGGCUGCAAGUGCUAAGGUAUCAUCGAACCAACCACAAAGUGGUUCCUCGUCCCUAGAAGAUGUACUGCCACCAGGUGGUAGUGGACUUGAUAUGUCACUGCCCGAUUGCAAGAUCAUCGCGAACAGGAACGCAAGGUACUUCAUAAACGAGGGUACUUCAAAGGACUUAUCCAAAAUAAGCAAAGAAAUCCGCCACGAACGGGAAAGUUACCGAGAACUAACCGGUCGGUAUAUCGAGAAACCGGAAUCAAUACCGCUCAAAGAAACGCACUACACCGACGCCAUUAAUAAAGAGGCCCUAUUGAAAAAAGAAGCGAAAAAAGACUCUAAAGCCAAGGAAAUAAAGACGAAAAUCAAACGCUCGGAUUCGGGGAAAAGUGACGCGAAAGUGAAUAUAUGUGUGGGGAGUAAAGUGUUAAUAUUGGAACCGUUGGGGGUGUACGAUUGUAUCAAUUUGGGGAGGAGGAUAGAUGUGUUGUGGCCGUCGGAGUAUCAGAGGGAGAGGGGGGGGAGGAACUCCUGGGGGAGUUGGGUGCCGCAAGCUGGGAUGGAUGGAUUGGUGGUACACAAAUGGACGCCGAACCAUCGAGACCCGAAACUUAGAUCUCACGUCGACAAAAGUAUACUAUUAGUUCAAAUCGAAGACAGAUUCGUGCCUAUCGCUGAACACUGCGUACAAGACUUGGGCGAUGAAGUUUGAACCUUAUUUCGAUAGAUAUAAGGUCGAAGAUCUAAAAAAACUUAGCUUUCUGGUCGACAAAAGCAUAUUAAUAGUUCGAAUUGUACCUUUACCUAUAGAAGACUUGGGCGAUGAAGUUUGAACCUUAUUUCUAUGGAGAUAAAGUCGAAAAUCGAAGAAAAAUUUGC